GCAGCCAAUGGGACGCAGAUGGUUUUGGAUAGUUUUGAGUCGACUAUUAUGAACCGACGUCAUUUAGGUGAAGAACACCGUGGAGUACUUAACGGCCAUAUAAUCUAAAUCUCCGACAGUGGACGGAGAAACAGACCGGUGGUUGUUUACACUCCGAAUUCUACUCGGACUCUUGAUUUUGGUUGCUGAUGCACAAUCAUUUUGAAAAAAAUAGAUUCAAUUCUCGAUGAUUAUGAGCAUGGCUGUAGUAUAUAACCACUUCGUGUUCCCUGGCCGACCGGCGCUUCUGAAGUUCCCAGUGGUCGAACUGAAACCAUCGCCGUCGCAGUGCGAACGUGAGAGACAAGGACGUUUAUAUAUCAAAACUGCCGCAUCUUCUUCAUUCGCUGGCUCCGGCGCUGAAUAUUCCGAAUCGUUGUCCAAAGACCAGAAGAAGAAAGGGAGGAGAAUAGUUGGCAUAGACCAGGAUGAACUAGUGGAUCCUAAACUUUUGGCUGACCCAGACAGUUGCUUCUGUGAGUUUCAAGGGUUGCAACUACACCACAAGAUAUUUGAUCCAGAAUCCGAAGCACAAGACCUUUUACAUGAUGAAGCCGCCUCUGGUUUAUCUUACCAAAAGGAAAAACUUAGGUUCCCGCUGAUCUUAUUACAUGGCUUUGGAGCCUCUUUGUUCUCUUGGAAUGCAGUUGUGAAGCGUUUGGCAAAGGUUGCUGGUUCGAAAGUUUUAUCAUUUGAUAGACCGGCCUUUGGGUUGACAUCAAGGGUAGAUAAUCCUUUCAAACAUGCUCCGUCUGGUGGUAGCCAGGAUAGAAAACCACUUAACCCGUAUUCUAUGGCAUUCUCUGUACUGGUAACUUUGUACUUUAUCGACUUCUUGGCUGCUGAAAAAGCGAUACUGAUCGGGCAUUCGGCUGGUUGCCUUGUAGCAACUCAAACAUAUUUUGAAGCACCUGAACGUGUUGCUGCCAUGAUUCUUGUCGCCCCUGCAAUCAUAGCUCCAUUGACUUCCCCCAAGAAAGUCAAAGCUAAUGACCAACAAGGCAGUUCAAGUUCAGAUAAUCGCAAAAAUCCAGUUUUCAAUCUGUUGAGUAUCGUGUCGAAAUUCUCCAGAUUCAUAGCUCAAACUGUGAUGCAUUUGGUUAGAGGAAUGGUCAAUAUGCUUGAUUCCCUGUACAAGAAAGCUUUAUCUGCCUUCCUUCGCUCCUCUAUUGCAGUAAUGCUGGUAAGGAUGGUUAUAGAUAAAUUUGGGAUAACUGCCAUUAAAAAUGCUUGGUAUGAUGCAAGCCUAGUUACCGACAGCAUUCUUGAGGGUUAUACCAGACCAUUGCGAACAAAGGGUUGGGACAGGGCUCUUGUGGAGUUCACGGCAGAGAUGCUUGCUAGCUCGGUUCCUGAACCAAAUCCGGCAUGGCCAGAAAGAUUGAAAGAAAUCUCAUGUCCAGUUCUAAUCGUGACGGGUGAUAGUGACCGUCUCGUACCAUCUUGGAACUCCGAGAGGCUUUCUCAUGCCAUCCCCGGAUCUCGCCUUGAAGUAGUAAAGAAGUGCGGUCAUUUGCCUCAUGAAGAAAGGCCACAGGAGUUCGUCACAAUUGUUGAUAACUUCUUGACAACCGUCUUCCAACGGGUAGAAUCACAACCACUGCAACCAGCAAUGUAAAAGGAUUCAUCGACCAUCUUACUUUACACGAGGCCAGGAACUAGGAUCAAUUGAUCUUACCAAACCAUCAAAUUCAGACAUGAAGGCCAAUCUUCCAUGACACCUA